GGUGUUGCCUCAGUCACCGCAUUCGGUUCGUUCUGCUUUCGCCCUCUGCCGCCUCGUGCACGCGCGAAAAAUUCCGAAAAAAAACAAGAAAAAAUAAAGAAAUUCGAAGACAUCCGUACUCACGCCACGAGACAACAGACCCACAGUAUAAAUACAAAUAAAAACAAACGAAAGACAAACUAUUAGCCAUAUCGGAGGAGAAACAAAUUCGUUUAUUGUAAAUAAAAUGUGUCACGAAAGCGCCAGCCCUGAAAUAGUGGACUCUCGAGCGAGCCAAUUGAGGUUCCAAUUAAAUUUUGGUUAUAACCGAAAAUAAAUAGAAAUUUUCAGAGCACGAGCAACAGUUCCAAGCUAUGAGAUCCCGGAAAAUACAAAAGUAAAUAAAAAUCAAAACUAUAAGUUAAGACCUGAUCAAUCAAAGUGAAAAUGUGUCCGAAAACGUCGAAAACCACGCCGCUCCUGCUGAUUGCCGGCAUUUGUUUUGUGAUCAUCCUGGUCGGGAUCACCGGAAUAACCCUGAUCAACAACAUUAACCUAUCGAAUAUCAUUCGAUUGAACGAGAAGGUGGCCAGCGAUAGUGUUAGCAACAACGAGAAUCAGAUCAAGGAGCUGAACUAUGUGAACAAUCAUCCGCGGAAUGUGUAUCUAAAGUUGAAUGGCAGCAGUGGGGAUUCGGAGGAGGAGAAGAUGCAGAAGGAGCAGGAGCUGCAGGAGCAGUUGGAAUUGCCCAUGAUAUCCGCUGUUAUUGGUGGCAGAAAGCUGAAAGUCCGGGAUAAUCAAUUGAAGGAGUCGUCGGAAGCCAUUUCCGAACAGCCAUCUCCUGCUCCAGCUUUGCCCUCUCACCCUUCUUCCGGAGAUCUGACAUCCCGGCCCUCUUCCGGAGAUCCUUCACCCCUGCCCACUUCCGGUGAGCCCACCAUAUCGCCACCAUCCUACGCGGUCGAGGACGAGCACUCUCCACCUUUGCCCUUCGGCGGGGUCAAGUACAACGCCUCCAGCGGAUUGAUUGAUUACGAAAAGCGAAACCAAGUCGUCAAGAUGAUGGAGCAUGCGUGGCACAACUACAAGUUGUAUGCGUGGGGCAAGAACGAACUGCGUCCGCUGUCGCAGCGUCCCCAUUCGGCCAGUAUCUUCGGAGCCUACGAUCUGGGGGCCACGAUCGUCGACGGACUGGACACCCUGUACAUCAUGGGACUGGAGAAGGAGUAUCGCGAGGGUCGCGACUGGAUCGAGCGAAAGUUCUCCCUGGACAAUAUAAGUGCGGAGCUGAGUGUCUUCGAGACGAACAUUCGAUUUGUGGGUGGCAUGCUGACGCUGUACGCCUUCACGGGGGAUCCACUGUACAAGGAGAAGGCCCAGCACAUUGCCGACAAGCUGCUGCCCGCCUUUCAAACACCCACGGGGAUUCCCUACGCGCUGGUCAACACCAAGACCGGCGGGGCCAAGAACUACGGCUGGGCUUCGGGAGGCAGUUCCAUCCUCUCUGAGUUCGGCACCCUGCAUUUGGAGUUCGCCUACCUGAGCGACAUUACCGGGAACCCACUGUACCGGGAGCGAGUACAGACCAUCCGCCAGGUGCUCAAGGAGAUCGAGAAACCCAAGGGCCUGUACCCCAACUUCCUCAAUCCCAAGACAGGCAAAUGGGGACAGCUUCACAUGUCCUUGGGCGCCCUGGGCGACAGCUACUACGAGUACUUGCUGAAGGCCUGGCUGCAAUCCGGCCAAACGGACGAGGAGGCCCGCGAGAUGUUCGACGAGGCGAUGCUGGCCAUUUUGGACAAGAUGGUUCGUACCAGUCCCGGCGGACUAACGUAUGUCUCUGAUCUCAAGUUCGAUCGGCUGGAGCACAAGAUGGACCAUUUGGCCUGCUUCUCAGGUGGCCUUUUCGCCUUGGGAGCUGCCACGCGCCAAAAUGACUAUACGGACAAGUACAUGGAGGUGGGCAAGGGCAUUACUAACACCUGCCACGAGAGCUACAUUCGAGCACCCACUCAGCUGGGCCCCGAGGCCUUUCGAUUCAGCGAGGCCGUGGAGGCGCGAGCACUGAGAUCGCAGGAGAAGUACUACAUCCUGCGGCCGGAGACCUUUGAGAGCUACUUUGUGCUGUGGCGCCUCACGCACGACCAGAAGUACCGCGACUGGGGCUGGGAGGCGGUCCUCGCCCUGGAGAAGCACUGCCGCGCAGCGCACGGAUACUGUGGCCUGCGCAACGUCUACCAGCAGGAGCCGCAGAAGGACGACGUCCAGCAGAGCUUCUUCCUCGCCGAGACGCUCAAGUACCUGUACUUGCUGUUCUCGGACGACUCGGUGCUGCCGCUGGACGAGUGGGUGUUCAACACGGAGGCCCAUCCGCUGCCCAUCAAGGGGGCGAAUGCGUACUACAGGCAGGCCCCCGUAACGCUGCCGGCCUCGAAUGCCUCGUAAACGGGCUGGUUGCUGCCUCGCUGGCUGUUCGGGCUGUCCCUAGCAAUGCACCUUACUUAGCUCUCGAUAUUUGCAUACUUAUGUCGUGUACCACAUCGUAACUGUUUUUUUUUGCCUUUGGUUUAAGUUUUUAGUUUAGUGAUGUUUACGUGAUGAUGACAAGUGCGUACGAAAUUUAUUGCAUGUUUACAACAGCCAGGCACACACAAACACGACACGAGAAACUUUCAAUGUAACAUAUUUAUAAAGCCUGCACAUAUAUAGGAACUUAAACGGUAACGGAUAUAUCGUAGUUUAGUCCUUAACUGUUUGCACAAGUUUCUCCGAGUCUCUCUCUCUUUUUUAUUUACCCCAUGGGGUAUAUAAUAAUCCAAAUAGUUGACAGAGGUUGACGCUGGGGAGACCUCAAUUUCCAUUUAAAAGCGAAAGCGAAUGAUGUAGACGUAGGCAAACACUCUUGAUAUUAAUUAUGAUAUACGAUAUAUGAUAUAUGUGUAAAUGUAAAACUCAGGUGUUCUUAUUAUGAUUUACCUUGCGUUCGAACAAGGCUCUUUCUCACUAACCAGCUACGUAACUAUCUCUACAAGCAUUCUAUGUCUCUGUGUGGAUUAAUGGAUAGAUGGCCACUUGGCGGGCAUUUCGAUAGAUCUACUGAUCUACUCUGCUGAUUUCCAAUUCGAAUCUUUGACCACUUUGUUUUGUAUAUAAUUUCUAUUAGCUUUCCUUGCAAAAUGAAGGCAGAAGAAAAUCGAAUUGAUAUUUAUACAAAUAUAUAUUCUUACACAAUAUUGUUUACUUUGUAGCCUAAAUAUUUAAACGUAAAUCUAAUAUAGAGUCUAGCUUACUUUAUGUGACGAAACAAAUGUAACGCGAAUUACCUUAAAUCCAGAACAUCAAGCGAAACGAAAGCAAAUGAAAUAUAUAUAAAAAUAUACCUAAAUAAAUAUAUAUUUGUAUUUAAUUAAAUCAAAUAAAACGUAGGCAAUUGUUAAAGUAAAUUAAUUAUACGAUGGCACGAGCCGAGCGAAUGGUAAUUUAAUUUUUAACAACUGUAAAGGUUUUUUAUAAUAAUAAUACCAAUAAUAAUCAUAUUUAUAAUUCUAUUUAUAACUGUAAUCCAUAGAGUAAGCCACAAGCAUCGCAUGAUAAAUGAAAUAUAGAAGUUAUUUAAUUGUUUUUUUUUUAACCUACGCAGCUUGUGCUGUGUAAAGUGAUUUAACAAAAGUAAAAAUAACAUAAACAUAAGCUAAGACCCUAAUGUAAAACCGAAGAAUUUUAAAGAAACAUUUUAAGGAAAUAAAAUAAUAUCAAAUUUAAUUAAAACGAAAAACCAGAAAAGCUAAAAAACGCAAGCUAAAGGCUAAAAAUAAUAGAACGCUAAAGAAAAGUAAGUCGACACUAACUAAGCGUAAAUUUAGUCCUUAGAGCCAACUUUUUUUGUU